UCCCCCAGCCUCCUUUAGUUCCGCCGAGUCCCGCCCCCCCCCGUCGAGCUUCCCCACUACAUUGGCUUAAUUUGUCCCUUGGCCCCGCCCCUGAGCCCCGCUCCUUGCCAUCAUUGGCGGGGCCUCGCCUCGCACCCCGCCCCCUGUCCGGCUCCGGGCUCCCAUUGUCUCCGCAGAUGCCGCUUGGUCCAGCUAUCGUGUUCGGUGUUCAGUUUUCUGAGGUCGCGCUCUUUCUCUGCCGGGCGGAGAGGUCCCGCGGCAAAGAGCCGGCUUCCCAAGUUCGGGCUGUUCUUUCCUUCUUAGGACACAGUUUGCUGAGCCAGGGAGGCAGCAGCGAUGUCCGCUCUGCGAUCUCUUCUGCUUCUGCUGCUGUCUCUGUGUCCCGGUCCUGGUCCUGGACCCGGGACCGAGGCAAAGGUCACCCGGAGUUGCGUUGAGACCCGGCAGGUGCUGGGGGCCCGGGGAUAUAGCUUAAGCCUACUCCCUCCCGCCCUGAUCUCAGGUGAGCACCUCCGGAUCUGUACCCAGGAGUACACCUGCUGUUCCAGUGAGAUAGAGCAGAGGCUGACUUGGGAGACAGAGACCACCUUCCGAGGCCUGGUGGAGGAGAGCGGCUCAUUCCUGGUUCACACACUGGCUGCCCGGCACAGAAGAUUUGAUGAGAUUUUUCGGGAGAUACUCUUGUCAUCUGAGCACUCUCUGGCCCUGCUUUUCCACCACUCCUUCGGCCACCUGUACUCCCAGCACGCCCCUGUAUUCAGUGGCCUGUUCUCUCGGCUGCGGGACUACUAUCAGAGGUCCGGUGAGGGGUUAGAUGACGCUUUGGUGGAUUUCUGGGCGCAGCUCCUGGAGAGAUUGUUCCCCCUGCUGCAUCCACAGUACAUCUUCUCCCCCGAGUACCUGUUCUGCCUCACUCGCCUCGCCUCCUCUGCUGACGACUCUCUGAAGCCUUUCGGGGAUGCACCCCACCGCCUUCACCUGCAGAUAACCCAGGCCCUGGUGGCUGCCCGGGCCUUUAUCCAGGGCCUGGAGACCGGAAGAGACGUGGUCAGCGAAACACUUAAGGUGCCCAUGUCUGAAGGCUGCAGGCGGGCUGUGAUGCGUCUGACCGGCUGCCCCCUUUGUCGGGGCAUCCCCUCGGUGCCACCCUGCCGGGGCUUCUGCCUCAAUGUGGCCAAUGGCUGUCUCCACAGCCAGGGACUGGAUCCUGACUGGGGGGCCUAUCUGGAUGGUCUCCUGUUCCUGGGUGAGAAGCUCCAGGGCGCUUUUUCUUUUGAGCUGGCAGCCCAGGCCAUUGGGGUGAGGAUCUCAGAAGCCCUGAAGUACCUGCAGGAAAACAGUGUGGCAGUGUCAGCCCAGGUGUUUCAACAAUGUGGGAACCCCCAACGGACACAAAGCCGCACCCGCAGAGCCCCGGCCCCUCGGGAAGAAGCGGGGCGCCUCUGGACCUCGGCGAGGGUGGCAGGGGCUGCAGGGGUGGCAGGGGCUGCCGGGGUGGCAGGGGCGCCAGGGGCGGCAGGAGUAGCAGGGGCACCAAGGACAGAGGAGAGGCCCACGAUGGCCGGGACCACCAGCCUGAACCGCCUGGUGUGGGAGCUCCGCGAGCGGCUGGGCCGAGUGAGGGGCUUCUGGGCCCUGCUGCCCCAGGUGGUGUGCGGGGAUCCCCGCAUGGCGGCGGACGCCUCGAAGGACGCGGCGCCCUGCUGGACCGGAUCUGGGCGGGGCCGGUACUUGUCACCGGUGGUCGGGCUCUCUCCGUCCGAGCAGCUCGACAACCCAGAGCUGAACAAGGAGGACACGAGCAUCAACCUCCAGGCGCGGAGGCGGCGGCUGCAGCUCCGGGCGGCCACGACCAGGAUGAGGUUGGCCGCGCUGGGACGCGACCUGGAACUGGAGGACUGGGAUGAAGAGGCCAGUGGUUCUGGAGAGGGACAGCACUAUGCAGACGGCUGGAUGGCUGGGGCAGCAGCAGUGGCCCCCCCAGCCAGGCUGCCUCGCCCUCCUCGAAGGGACGUUAGUGGGGGCAAAGGAGGAGGUGUCCUUGUCCGCCACAACCAGGGCAGGAGCAGGACUGGGGGGACAUCGGUUGGUUUUCGCACCCACCCCAUCCUCAUUCUCUCCCUCUCAGCCCUGGCCCUGCUCGGACCAAGAUAACAGGGGAGGGGUGCCCUAGCAUCAGAAGGGUUCAGGGCCCUUCCCCUCUUCCCCUCAGCUGGGUCUGAGGAGGAGUCGAAGGGGGAUGCAGAGCGGUAGAGAAAGGGACUUUUUGGGUGAAUGGCUGGGGCCCCAAAUCCAGGAGAUUACCAUUGUGGGUUGGGGGUGGGGGGGUGGGUGUUCACAAUAUUUAUUUUUUCAUUUACAAUCUGGGGAGGAAGAGGCUGGGGGUAUUUAUUUAGGAAGGAGGUGUACUCACCAACCAAGCCUCUGUGUUGGGCCCGUUGUCAGCCCCAACAAGGAAAAAGGGAAGGAGUUUUCGAGUUGCGAUUGGGGGUGGGGUUUGAAAGAAGUUGGAAGUCGGGAAGGGGUGGGAAACCUGGUCUCAAAGGGGCAAACCUGGGUGCUGAUGGGGUUCAGGGCAGGGGACUCUGGGGUAUGUGAAUAGGGUCAAAAUCUGUGGGCCUGGUUUCUAUGGAGUUUUCCCAGUAUCAAUUUCUGAAACUAAAAUGCCAAAAAGAAAAAAAAAGGGCUCAUCUCAUGAUCUCUCUCAUCUAUAUCCUUCACAAGCUUCCACACUUCAUGUUUCAGUGUUGGAGUCAGUGUUUAUUCUGCAAAUAAACAGCUAACAUAUUGGA